AUGUUCGUCCGCUCUGUUCUACUGGGCGCUGUCGCUUUGGGGGCCAGCGCUGUGCUGGUGGUCCCCGAGAUGGAAUCCGUCGACGACGGAUUCGUGAAUAUUCACCCAAUGCUCCUGGAGGAUGUUCACCAUGUGGCUGUAGAUUUGCCGUGCACCGAGUGCCCUUUCCGUGAAACCAAGGAAGGUUCCGUCAGCUGGACUGACGAUAAACCAUCACACCUGAUGUUGGACUUUUCCGUUGAAGACAACCGCUUGCUUGCCAACGGCCGCCAAAUUUUCCCUCCCGCUCCCCCAAGCCCCAUUCAUGCCAUUCAGCAAAGCGACGAAGGCGAAGACUCCGAGCCUAUGUCUGUUGGUUAUGCUCUGGAGGUCAUGCCGAUGGCUACUCCAUCCGACGAGCCUGACUACGAACUACUGGAUAUUCGUUUCACCGUUCUCGACCUGGAGACUCACCCUGUUCCGGUCGACACUGUCACAGUCACCGUUCUCGAAGACCCCAAUGGCGAGCUGUUCAUUGUCAAGAUGGAGAUUGAGAAGACCACACCCGCCUCGGACCGCAUCUCCUGGAAGGAGUGCCAUGGAAAAGCCAAGUGCUUGCAAGAACUUCUGGUUGCCCGCAUUCGUGGCCUCUUAGAUGGUGCCAAAACCCGUGUCAUGGGCAUGGCCAAGGCUGACCGCAAGGGCUGCCACGGCAAACAUGAGCCCAAGAAGUUGGGACACCCGGGUCCGCACGGCCACCACGAAGAGGGCCCUGACAGCAUGCCAUUCCCACCACCACCUCCCUUCGGCGAAGAAGACUUCCAAGUGGAGGAGCUUGGUCCAGCUGGCCCUCACAGCCAUCACGGCCACCACGGCUUUGGUUCCGAUGCCGACCGCCCGCCUCGUCCUCACCACCACCGCCCUCACCACGGUGCCUUUACCCGCACCUUCUCCCGCGUUGUCCACUUCAUUGUUGUUCCUGCUGUCCUCGGUGUUCUGGCUGGAUUGACCGCUAGCGCUGUCGGUAUGUUGGUUGGCCAGGCUGUGGUCUUCCUCUGGCAACGUUACCGCGGCACCAACUCUUCUGAGCACAAGGCUGCCUGGGAGCAAGGCGAAGCAUGCGAAAAACAGGGCCUCAUGGCCGAGUCACGCGGCUCCGAAGAGAUUCUCCCGGAAUACAAAGAGCCAUCCGAGACCUGA